GUGUAAUACUUUUCUACAUCUGCUUCAGGAAGAAAGUGCCUGCCAUUCCUGUCUCUGCAGUUUCAUGCCAGCCCAGAACAGAGAAUCAGUUGGCGCCCAGAUUUCAAGUCUUGAGUAAAGUACCAUCUGGGAAUGGGCCCUGGUGUGCUCACACAUUCAGAACCUGUUACCCAAGGAAUGCCCUAAAGAGUCAGCAGUGUUUAUCACCCACCAGUCAAGAUGAACAUGGUGAAGAGGAUCAUGGGACGGCCACGGCAGGAGGAAUGCAGCCCACAGGACAACGCCUUGGGCCUGAUGCACCUCCGCAGGCUCUUCACUGAGUUGUGCCAUCCUCCCCGGCACAUGACCCAGAAGGAACAGGAGGAGAAGCUGUACAUGAUGCUGCCAGUGUUUAACAGGGUUUUUGGAAAUGCUCCACCAAAUACAAUGACAGAAAAGUUUUCUGAUCUUCUGCAGUUCACAACGCAAGUCUCACGACUAAUGGUGACAGAAAUUCGAAGGAGAGCAUCAAAUAAAUCCACAGAGGCUGCAAGUCGGGCCAUAGUCCAGUUCCUGGAGAUCAAUCAGAGUGAAGAAGCCAGCAGAGGCUGGAUGCUUCUGACAACAAUUAACCUGUUGGCCUCCUCUGGUCAGAAAACCGUGGACUGCAUGACAACGAUGUCAGUGCCUUCCACCCUGGUUAAAUGUUUGUAUCUGUUUUUUGACCUUCCACAUGUGCCUGAGGCAGUUGGAGGUGCACAGAAUGAGCUACCUCUAGCAGAGCGUCGAGGACUACUCCAGAAAGUUUUUGUCCAGAUCUUAGUAAAACUCUGCAGUUUUGUUUCUCCGGCGGAGGAGCUGGCUCAGAAAGAUGACCUCCAGCUCUUAUUCAGUGCAAUAACUUCUUGGUGCCCCCCCUAUAACCUGCCCUGGAGGAAGAGUGCGGGAGAAGUCCUCAUGACCAUCUCCCGUCAUGGGCUGAGUGUCAACGUGGUGAAGUAUAUUCAUGAAAAAGAAUGCUUAUCAACAUGUGUUCAGAAUAUGCAGCAGUCAGAUGACCUGUCUCCCCUAGAAAUUGUUGAGAUGUUUGCUGGGCUUUCUUGUUUCCUCAAAGAUUCCAGCGAUGUCUCCCAAACACUUCUGGAUGAUUUCCGGAUAUGGCAAGGAUAUAAUUUUCUUUGUGAUCUCUUGCUUAGAUUGGAACAAGCUAAAGAAGCAGAAUCCAAAGAUGCCUUGAAAGAUCUGGUGAAUCUGAUAACUUCCCUGACAACAUAUGGUGUUAAUGAACUGAAGCCAGCUGGUGUUACCACAGGGGCACCCUUUUUAUUGCCUGGAUUUGCAGUACCUCAGCCUGCAGGGAAAGGUCACAGUGUGAGAAACAUCCAGGCCUUUGCAGUCCUUCAGAAUGCAUUUUUAAAAGCAAAAACCGGCUUCCUUGCCCAAAUCAUCCUCGAUGCCAUCACAAAUAUUUACAUGGCUGACAAUGCCAAUUACUUCAUCCUAGAGUCACAGCACACCCUGUCACAGUUCGCAGAGAAGAUCUCUAAACUCCCAGAAGUACAAAACAAAUACUUUGAGAUGCUGGAGUUUGUUGUUUUUAGCUUAAAUUAUAUUCCCUGUAAAGAGCUCAUUAGUGUUAGUAUCCUGUUAAAAUCUAGCUCUUCUUACCACUGUAGCAUUAUUGCAAUGAAAACCCUUCUUAAGUUUACAAGACAUGACUACAUAUUUAAAGAUGUCUUCAGAGAGGUGGGCCUUCUGGAGGUCAUGGUAAACCUUUUGCAUAAAUAUGCUGCCCUCCUGAAGGAUCCAACUCAGGCACUGAAUGAGCAAGGGGACUCAAGAAAUAACAGUUUAGUUGAAGACCAAAAACACCUGGCUCUGUUGGUUAUGGAGGCCUUGACAGUGCUUCUUCAAGGAUCAAACACAAAUGCAGGAAUAUUCCGAGAGUUUGGAGGUGCAAGAUGUGCACACAAUAUAGUGAAGUACCCCCAGUGCCGGCAGCAUGCCCUGAUGACCAUCCAGCAGCUGGUGCUCUCUCCAAAUGGGGAUGACGACAUGGGCACUCUCCUGGGGUUGAUGCACUCAGCCCCGCCCACAGAACUGCAGUUGAAAACUGACAUCUUAAGGGCCCUCCUAUCAGUCCUUCGGGAAAGCCAUCGCUCUAGAACAGUUUUUAGGAAAGUCGGAGGAUUUGUGUACAUUACAUCCUUGCUCGUUGCUAUGGAAAGGUCUUUGAGCUGUCCACCCAAGAAUGGCUGGGAGAAGGUGAACCAGAAUCAAGUGUUUGAGCUUCUCCACACUGUGUUCUGCACACUGACUGCAGCCCUGCGCUAUGAACCAGCCAACUCUCAUUUCUUCAAAACAGAGAUUCAGUAUGAGAAGUUGGCAGAUGCUGUUCGAUUUCUUGGCUGCUUCUCAGACCUUAGAAAAAUAAGCGCCAUGAAUGUCUUCCCCUCAAACACACAGCCUUUCCAAAGACUGUUAGAGGAAGACGUGGUCUCAGUGGACUCCGUGUCACCCACUUUGCGGCACUGCAGUAAACUCUUUAUCUAUCUCUACAAAGUAGCCACAGAUUCUUUUGACAGUCGUGCAGAACAGAUCCCUCCUUGCCUGACAAGCGAGUCUUCUCUCCCCUCUCCUUGGGGGACACCAGCUUUGUCCAGGAAAAGGCAUGCAUUUCAUUGUGUUUCCACUCCCCCAGUUUAUCCCACAAAAAAUGUUGCUGAUCUGAAACUUCAUGUGACAAGUUCACCUCUGCAGACUUCCGAUGCAGUCAUCAUCCACCCUGGAGCCAUGCUGGCCAUGCUGGACCUCCUGGCCUCUGUAGGGUCAGUGACACAGCCAGAACAUGCUUUGGACCUCCAACUUGCUGUGGCCAACAUUUUGCAAUCCCUGGUGCACACAGAGAGAAACCAGCAAGUUAUGUGUGAAGCUGGUCUUCAUGCACGACUGCUGCAGAGGUGCAGUGCCGCCCUGGCAGAUGAGGACCACUCUCUGCACCCACCGCUCCAGCGCAUGUUUGAACGUUUAGCCUCCCAGGCCUUGGAGCCCAUGGUGCUGAGGGAGUUUUUGCGUUUGGCGAGCCCUUUGAAUUGUGGUGCCUGGGACAAAAAACUCUUAAAACAAUAUAGGGUUCACAAACCAAGUUCACUGAGCUAUGAACCAGAGAUGAGAGGCAGUAUGAUCAGCUCUCUGGAAGGUCUGGGUUCUGAUAAUGUUUUCAGCUUACAUGAAGAUAACCAUUACCGAAUAAGCAAAAGCCUGGUAAAAUCUGCAGAAGGAAGCACUGUACCCUUGACCAGAGUGAAGUGUCUAGUUUCCAUGACAACCCCACAUGACAUCAGACUUCAUGGGUCAUCCGUUACUCCAGCUUUUGUUGAAUUUGACACAUCCCUUGAAGGAUUUGGUUGCCUGUUUCUACCCAGCUUGGCCCCCCACAACGCCCCUACCAACAAUGCUGUCACAACAGGUCUUACUGAUGGGGCUGUGGUCAGUGGCAUUGGUUCCGGUGAAAGGUUCUUCCCUCCUCCAUCUGGCUUAAGCUACUCUAGCUGGUUUUGCAUUGAACACUUCAGUUCUCCUCCAAAUACCCACCCUGUCAGGCUCCUCACUGUUGUGCGAAGAGCCAAUUCAUCUGAGCAGCAUUACGUGUGCCUUGCCAUAGUUCUGUCUGCAAAAGACCGGUCCUUAAUUGUAUCCACCAAAGAGGAGCUCCUCCAGAAUUAUGUUGAUGAUUUCAAUGAAGAAUCCUCUUUUUAUGAGAUUCUCCCAUGCUGUGCCCGCUUUCGAUGUGGAGAGCUGAUAGUUGAGGGACAGUGGCAUCAUCUGGUUCUGGUAAUGAGCAAAGGCAUGCUGAAGAACAGCACCGCAGCCCUCUAUAUUGACGGGCAGCUUGUUAACACUGUAAAGUUGCACUAUGUUCACAGCACUCCUGGGGGCUCUGGUUCUGCAAAUCCCCCGGUGGUGAGCACAGUCUAUGCCUACAUUGGCACUCCACCUGCACAACGCCAGAUUGCUUCACUGGUUUGGCGCCUGGGACCCACUCAUUUUCUAGAAGAAGUUUUACCUCCUACUAAUGUUACUACUGUAUAUGAACUUGGACCAAAUUAUGUUGGAAGUUUUCAGGCUGUAUGUAUACCAUGCAAAGAUGCAAAGUCUGAAGGUACUGUCCCAUCACCCGUGUCAUUAGUUGCAGAGGAGAAGGUGUCCUUUGGCCUCUAUGCACUCUCUGUGUCCUCCCUAACAGUGGCAAGAAUUCGGAAAGUCUAUAACAAGUUGGAUAGCAAAGCCAUUGCUAAACAGUUAGGCAUCUCCUCCCAUGAGAAUGCCACUCCAGUGAGGCUGAUACACAAUGCAGCAGGCCAUCUGAAUGGACCUGCUCGCACCAUCGGGGCCACUCUCAUUGGUUACUUGGGAGUAAGAACAUUUGUCCCUAAGCCUGUUGCCACUACUUUGCAGUACAUUGGAGGAGCUGCAGCCAUCCUGGGCCUAGUGGCCAUGGCCUCUGAUGUGGAAGGGCUGUAUGCAGCAGUCAAGGCCCUGGUUUGUGUGGUCAAGAGUAACCCACUAGCCAGUAAGGAAAUGGAAAGAAUCAAGGGCUACCAGUUGCUGGCAAUGCUGCUUAAGAAGAAACGUUCCCUUCUCAACAGCCAUAUCCUCCACCUAACAUUCUCCCUGGUGGGAACUGUUGAUAGUGGCCAUGAGACCUCCAUUAUUCCAAAUUCAACUGCUUUCCAGGACCUGCUAUGUGAUUUUGAAGUCUGGCUCCAUGCACCAUAUGAACUUCAUCUUUCUUUAUUUGAACACUUCAUUGAACUGCUCACAGAGUCCAGUGAGGCUUCAAAGAAUGCCAAAUUAAUGAGGGAAUUCCAGUUAAUCCCAAAGCUGCUCCUGACUCUUCGGGAUAUGUCUUUAUCCCAGCCAACCAUCGCUGCUAUCAGCAAUGUGCUGAGCUUCCUGCUGCAAGGUUUCCCCAACAGCAACGAUCUACUCAGGUUUGGCCAGUUCGUUUCUUCUACUUUGCCAACUUUUGCGGUUUGUGAGAAAUUUGUAGUUAUGGAAAUAAAUAAUGAAGAAAAACUUGAAACUGGAAGUGAAGAAGAGUUUGGAGGUCUUGUAUCUGCUAAUCUUAUACUUUUGAGGAACAGACUUCUAGAUAUCCUGCUAAAACUAGUUUAUACAUCUAAAGAAAAGACAAGCAUUAACUUGCAAGCUUGUGAAGAACUGGUCAGGACCCUGGGUUUUGACUGGAUUAUGAUGUUUAUGGAAGAACACUUGCAUUCUACCACAGUUACAGCCGCCAUGAGGAUUCUUGUUGUCCUACUGAGUAAUCAAUCUAUUCUCAUCAAGUUUAAAGAAGGACUCAGUGGCGGAGGAUGGCUUGAACAGACAGAUUCUGUCUUAACUAAUAAGAUAGGAACUGUGUUAGGAUUCAAUGUGGGCAGGAGUGCCGGCGGGAGAUCCACACUCAGGGAGCUUAACCGAGAUGCUUGCCACUUUCCUGGGUUUCCAGUUCUUCAGUCUUUCCUUCCUAAGCACACAAAUGUCCCUGCCCUCUAUUUUCUCCUCAUGGCCUUGUUUCUGCAGCAGCCAGUGAGUGAGCUGCCUGAGAACCUGCAGGUCAGUGUGCCUGUCAUCAGCAGCCGAUGUAAGCAGGGUUGCCAGUUUGAUUUGGAUUCCAUCUGGACAUUUAUCUUUGGAGUUCCUGCCUCUAGUGGAACCGUGGUCUCUUCUAUCCACAAUGUGUGUACAGAAGCUGCUUUUUUAUUGCUGGGAAUGCUCCGCAGCAUGCUGAAUUCACCGUGGCAGUCGGAAGAAGAGGGCUCAUGGCUACGAGAGUACCCAGUGACCCUCAUGCAGUUCUUUAGAUACUUGUAUCACAAUGUGCCAGACCUCGCCUCCAUGUGGAUGAGCCCUGAUUUCCUGUGUGCAUUAGCAGCAACUGUCUUCCCCUUCAACAUCCGCCCUUACUCAGAGAUGGUGACUGAUCUCGAUGAUGAAGUUGGAUCUCCAGCAGAAGAGUUUAAAGCCUUUGCUGCAGACACAGGAAUGAACAGGAGCCAGUCAGAGUACUGCAAUGUGGGCACCAAAACCUAUCUGACCAACCACCCAGCUAAAAAGUUCGUCUUUGACUUCAUGCGGGUCUUAAUAAUCGACAACCUCUGUCUUACCCCUGCCAGCAAGCAGACUCCACUAAUUGAUCUUCUGUUGGAGGCAUCCCCUGAAAGAUCAACAAGAACUCAGCAAAAAGAAUUUCAGACAUACAUUUUGGAUAGUGUGAUGGACCAUUUGCUUGCAGCUGAUGUGUUACUGGGGGAAGAUGCGUCUCUGCCUAUUACCAGUGGAGGAAGCUACCAGGUAUUGGUGAACAAUGUAUUUUAUUUCACACAACGUGUGGUGGACAAGCUUUGGCAAGGCAUGUUCAACAAAGAAUCUAAACUUCUUAUAGAUUUUAUAAUUCAACUAAUUGCACAGUCAAAGAGAAGAUCACAGGGGUUGUCGCUGGAUGCAGUUUAUCACUGCCUCAAUAGGACCAUCUUGUACCAGUUCUCCAGGGCUCACAAAACUGUUCCACAGCAAGUAGCUCUCCUUGAUUCACUCAGGGUCCUAACUGUAAACAGAAACUUGAUCCUGGGCCCUGGGAACCACGACCAAGAAUUUAUUAGCUGUCUUGCUCACUGCCUGAUUAAUCUACAUGUUGGAAGCAACGUGGAUGGAUUUGGACUGGAAGCAGAAGCACGCAUGACCACAUGGCACAUCAUGAUUCCCUCUGACAUUGAACCAGAUGGUGGCUACAGCCAAGAUAUCAGUGAAGGGCGUCAGCUUCUCAUAAAAGCUGUCAACAGAGUUUGGACUGAAUUGAUCCAUAGUAAGAAACAAGUCUUGGAGGAACUUUUCAAAGUCACACUGCCUGUGAACGACAGGGGCCACGUGGACAUAGCCGUAGCAAGGCCGCUCAUUGAAGAGGCUGGUUUGAAGUGCUGGCAGAAUCAUUUAGCCCAUGAGAAGAAAUGCAUAAGUCGAGGAGAAGCAUUAGUUCCCACCACACAAUCUAAACUGUCUCGUGUCAGCAGCGGCUUUGGUCUUUCCAAAUUAACAGGAUCAAGAAGGAAUCGAAAAGAAAGCGGUCUUCAUAAACACAGUCUUUCCACCCAGGAGAUUUCUCAGUGGAUGUUUACACAUAUUGCUGUUGUUCGUGACCUAGUGGAUACACAGUACAAGGAAUAUCAGGAGCGCCAACAAAAUGCCCUGAAGUAUGUGACUGAGGAAUGGUGCCAGAUCGAGUGUGAGCUGUUGCGGGAGCGAGGAUUAUGGGGUCCUCCCAUUGGCUCCCAUCUAGACAAAUGGAUGUUAGAGAUGACGGAGGGGCCCUGCAGAAUGAGGAAAAAGAUGGUGCGGAAUGACAUGUUCUAUAACCACUACCCUUACGUGCCAGAAACAGAGCAGGAGACAAAUGUGGCGUCUGAGAUUCCAAGUAAACAGCCUGAGACACCCGAUGAUAUCAUUCCUCAAAAGAAACCCGCUCGGUACAGAAGAGCCAUAAGCUAUGACAGUAAAGAAUACUACAUGCGCCUGGCCUCUGGCAACCCAGCCAUUGUCCAGGAUGCCAUUGUAGAGACUUCAGAAGGUGAAGCCACCCAGCAAGAACCAGAGCACGGUGAAGACACCAUUGCCAAGGUCAAAGGCCUGGUCAAGCCUCCUCUGAAACGCUCUCGGUCUGCACCUGAUGGAGGAGAUGAGGAGACUCAGGAGCAGCUCCAAGACCAGAUUGCUGAGAGCAGCUCCAUAGAAGAAGAAGAGAAAACAGACAAUGCCACCUUGCUGCGCCUGUUAGAGGAAGGAGAAAAGAUUCAACACAUGUACCGCUGUGCCCGAGUCCAGGGCCUGGACACCAGUGAGGGCCUGCUUCUUUUUGGUAAAGAGCAUUUUUAUGUGAUUGAUGGAUUUACCAUGACAGCAACCAGGGAAAUAAGAGAUAUUGAAACUUUACCUCCAAAUAUGCAUGAGCCAAUUAUCCCUAGAGGAGCCAGACAAGGCCCCAGUCAACUCAAGAGAACAUGCAGCAUUUUUGCUUAUGAGGAUAUCAAGGAGGUUCAUAAGCGGAGGUAUCUCCUGCAGCCUAUUGCUGUUGAAGUUUUCUCUGGAGAUGGCCGGAAUUACCUCCUUGCUUUUCAGAAGGGAAUUCGGAAUAAAGUCUACCAAAGGUUUUUGGCAGUGGUACCAUCUCUCACUGACAGCUCGGAGUCUGUCUCUGGGCAGAGACCGAAUACCAGCGUGGAACAAGGAUCUGGAUUGCUUAGUACUUUGGUUGGAGAAAAAUCUGUGACUCAGAGAUGGGAGAGAGGUGAAAUCAGCAACUUCCAGUACUUGAUGCACUUGAACACUCUGGCGGGUAGAUCCUACAAUGACCUCAUGCAGUACCCUGUCUUCCCCUGGAUCCUUGCAGACUACGACUCAGAGGAGGUUGAUCUUACUAAUCCCAAGACAUUUAGAAACCUGGCUAAGCCAAUGGGAGCACAGACAGAUGAACGACUGGCCCAGUACAAGAAGCGGUACAAAGACUGGGAGGACCCUAAUGGAGAGACUCCAGCCUACCACUAUGGGACCCACUACUCCUCUGCCAUGAUCGUGGCCUCAUACCUUGUAAGAAUGGAGCCUUUCACACAGAUAUUCUUAAGGCUUCAGGGUGGCCACUUUGACCUGGCAGAUCGGAUGUUCCACAGUGUGCGUGAGGCCUGGUAUUCAGCAUCAAAGCACAACAUGGCGGAUGUAAAAGAACUUAUCCCAGAAUUUUUUUACUUACCAGAAUUCCUGUUCAAUUCCAACAACUUCGAUCUAGGUUGUAAACAAAAUGGCACCAAACUUGGAGAUGUUAUCCUUCCCCCCUGGGCAAAGGGAGACCCACGAGAGUUUAUCAGAGUCCACCGUGAGGCUUUGGAGUGUGAUUACGUGAGUGCCCACCUGCAUGAGUGGAUUGACUUGAUCUUUGGCUACAAGCAGCAGGGCCCUGCUGCAGUAGAAGCUGUCAAUGUCUUCCAUCACCUUUUUUAUGAGGGUCAAGUGGAUAUCUACAACAUCAAUGACCCACUAAAGGAGACAGCCACCAUCGGGUUCAUUAAUAAUUUUGGUCAAAUCCCUAAACAGUUGUUUAAAAAACCUCAUCCGCCGAAGAGAGUGAGGAGCCGGCUCAAUGGAGACACUGUAGGAAUCUCUGUCCCACAAGGAUCCACGAGUGACAAGAUCUUUUUCCAUCAUCUAGACAACCUAAGGCCUUCAUUAACACCUGUGAAAGAACUCAAAGAGCCUGUGGGACAAAUAGUAUGUACAGAUAAAGGAAUUCUUGCAGUAGAGCAGAACAAGGUUCUUAUUCCACCAACAUGGAACAAAACUUUCGCCUGGGGCUAUGCAGAUCUCAGCUGCAGACUGGGAACCUAUGAGUCAGACAAGGCAGUGACGGUUUAUGAAUGUUUGUCCGAGUGGGGCCAGAUUCUCUGUGCGAUCUGCCCCAACCCCAAGUUGGUCAUCACGGGUGGUACAAGCACAGUGGUAUGCGUGUGGGAGAUGGGAACCUCAAAAGAAAAGGCGAAGACCCUCACGCUCAAGCAGGCUUUGCUUGGCCACACUGAUACUGUCACCUGUGCCACAGCAUCACUGGCCUAUCACAUCAUCGUCAGUGGGUCCCGGGACAGAACCUGCAUCAUUUGGGAUUUGAACAAACUGUCAUUUCUAACCCAGCUCCGUGGCCACCGAGCUCCAGUUUCUGCUCUUUGUAUCAAUGAAUUAACAGGGGACAUUGUGUCCUGCGCUGGCACCUACAUCCACGUGUGGAGCAUUAAUGGGAACCCUGUUGUGAGUGUGAACACAUUCACAGGCAGGAGCCAGCAGAUUGUCUGCUGCUGUGUGUCAGAGAUGAACGAAUGGGACACACAGAAUGUCAUAGUGACAGGACACUCAGACGGAGUGGUCCGGUUCUGGAGAAUGGAGUUUUUGCAAGUUCCUGAAACACCAGCUCCUGAGCCCGUUGAAGUCCUAGAAAUGCAAGAAGACUGUUCAGAAGCACAAAUAGGGCAGCAAGCCCAAGACGAGGACAGCAGUGAUUCGGAAGCAGAGGAGCAGAGCAUCAGCCAGGAUCCUAAGGACGCUCCCAGCCAGCCCAGCAGCACCAGCCAUAGGCCCCGGGCAGCCUCCUGCCGAGCCACAGCCACCUGGUGUACAGAUAGUGGCUCUGAUGACUCCAGACGCUGGUCUGAUCAGCUGAGUCUUGAUGAGAAAGACGGCUUCAUAUUUGUGAACUAUUCUGAGGGCCAGACCAGAGCACAUCUGCAGGGCCCCCUUGCCCACCCUCACCCCAAUCCCAUCGAAGCACGAAAUUACAGCAGAUUGAAACCUGGGUACCGGUGGGAACGCCAGCUGGUGUUCAGAAGCAAACUGACUAUGCAUACAGCCUUUGAUCGAAGGGACAAUGCACACCCAGCUGAGGUCACCGCAUUGGGCGUCUCCAAGGAUCACAGCAGAAUCCUCAUUGGUGACAGUCGAGGCCGAGUGUUCAGCUGGUCUGUGAGUGACCAGCCAGGCCGUUCUGCUGCCGACCACUGGGUGAAGGAUGAAGGUGGUGACAGCUGCUCAGGGUGCUCCGUGCGCUUCUCCCUUACAGAAAGACGGCACCACUGCAGGAACUGCGGCCAGCUCUUCUGCCAGAAGUGCAGUCGAUUUCAGUCAGAAAUCAAACGCUUGAAAAUCUCAUCCCCAGUGCGCGUCUGUCAGAACUGCUAUUAUAAUUUACAGCAUGAGAGGGGGUCAGAAGAUGGACCUCGAAACUGUUGAAGGCUGUGCAAACUGACAGAGACCAUGGUCUGGGGAGCACUUCCUGGUCCCGUCGCAGCUCAGAAGGCAUAGAAGCCGUCUCCGUUUACACAUCUCUUCACACUAUGUGUUUGAAGUGUUGAAUUCAAACGGAUCAUUGGAUCACGGGUUCAGAGGACAGUGACUGGCAGGUGGUUUUCAGGAGCGUUUAAGUACCUGAGUCGCCCUGUAACAGUAGCCGUCUCCAAGAGCAAACUUCUUGCUCCUUACCUGUCCUUCCCUAAAUCUCAUUUUUAUAGCGCUACUCAUCCUUAUUUGGAAAAACAAAGAAAAACAAAAAGGCUUCUAGAAAAUGGUUGUAAAUCUGACUUCUUUGCAAGUAACUCUGUAUAUUGUAAAUAGGUAUAAAGGCCUUUUUUUUCUAAAUAAGGACCUAAUUGCCUGUAACAUGAGACUUCAAACUAAACCACUAACUCAAUGAACUACUUAAGGUUUAUGUAACACCUCUCCAGUAUAAAUAUGUUUUUUUUUUAAUCCUCAAAGACAUCUUCUGUAAUAUUUUUUUCCUUUUCCAACCUAGACUGUGUGCCUGAUAUCAUUUUUUUCAAGUUGCCCACAGUAUCUCCACUUAAGCUAGGCUAGUAACCAAAAUGUGGACCUUUAGGAUCCAGUGUGGGAGAGAAGACAGCUGGCUGGUCAUCAGGUAACCUGGAAACACCUGGGCAUCCUGUUCCUCGCCAGUUCAGUUGCGCUUAUGUGGCAGGCCCCCUUAAACUAACCUCAGGCCAUGUGGUCUGACCACGUUAGUGUAGGAUAAAGGGGAUCAGACGACCGUAUCAGGCAGGACAUAGUCUUGCCUUAGCUAAUGGAAAUCUAUUUGCAUGUAACCCCAGAUUAGCUUCUCUUGCAUAGAACAUAACACGAAUGUGUCUUUGCAGACACUAAUGUUCUAUAUAGCUUAUUUUCAAAAUUAAAAAAAAAGGUGAAAAAAAGUGUACAGAAUUAACAUUUAAACCUUGUUGUAAAAUUGGAUCAUGUCGGAACUGCUUAAAAUUAACCUUUACCAUUUAAUGCCAUCUACCUGAAAACGGUGAGAUUUAUACUGUAUUGAUGUCUAUUUUUUUGGUUUUGCUAUGAAUAUAAUUACAGUAUUUUAAUAUUUAGUUAUUUAAUUUGUUCUACUAGUUGGAUACAGAACACACAAAUUCAGAAGGGUUAAAGCUGGUGGGGGCUAAGAGAUUAGUUUAUAGAAAAAUGGCUUUGGUGGUGGGAUUUUUUUAAAUGUGUGUUAUGUACAUAAAUAUAAAUAUAUGUAUAUGAAAUCAAAUAAUUAAUCUAGAUUUUAACAUUUUCAGAUACUUAGUGCUAAUAUUAUGAACAAUUCUAAAAGCCCUGUGAUUUGAACAACGUAGGAUCAUGAAUGGCCCAAGGAAGGAAGGACAGGCCUUCACACCUUCACAGAGGUAUCACGCAAAGGACAGUGGCUUUGGCUUUCCCAACGUUCCAUCCUUAGGCCCUGGUGACAGGCACACUUAUGCACUAAAAUGCACAUAUAUGCACCUGUGUUCAGAAAUAGGCAUUUGGUACAAUAAUGAUCUUGUACCUGAUGGGCUGAAACCAGCUUAAGAACAUAUGUGUUCUUCCUGAUAACUAGGUCUCCAAGAGAAAAUGUAAAGGCUGCGUUAGUGCCUUAUGCUACUAAAUUUCAACCUUUAUUUACCUAGGUUUGAGCCUCUGGUCUAUUUAUGAUACAUAUCAAAGUUGAUUCAAAUACUUCCAUUUCUAAAAAGUUCAAAUACACUUGUGAAUAAAAGGAUUAUUGGCAUUAAUACUCUCACUUGAAGAACAGUUGUGUGGUUUUCCUUUCUGUGCCUCACUCCUCGCCCUCUCCCAUCACCAUCUUCUCCAACUCUAGAAACGAUGCUGGUGUUCACCAGCUGCAGAGACUGUGCUUUCACACAGUGGUGGGCUGGCCCUGUCUGCCCCUCUGGAUGCACUGUAGCAGUGUUAUUCUACACUUUUUCAAAGAGGUGUCCUCCUUUUGUCCAUGAACCAUGUUUACCCAUACCUGAUGACAGAGGUGUUCCUUAAAGACUUGAAUAUAGGAAUGUGUGUGUGGUCUCUUAAAGGUUAUUCCUCUGUAUAAUCUCAAGUCCUUUGGGAUAAAUACACUUAAACUUUCCAACACAACUUCCAUAACUAGCAGGUGGAAACCAAACCCCUCAAGAUAGUAUUUCCUCUGGCAGCUGGUGCUGUGGGCAACUGUUUUGUUCCAUCAGGUUUUCUUCUCUUUCCUUUUUGCUUCUACUGCAGAAAUCACAGACUCACUCACGGAGAGCAGUGUACUCACGGACAUUAGCUCAUGGUUUCUCUGGGCAUCUUUCUAUGUUCCAUGUCAGUUUGUUCACCAACAUCCACUCUCACCAUGUUGUCCACCUUUCUGUGGUCUGUAUUUUUCUGAGUACCUCACAGGGCUCCAGCCUGAUCUUUGUAGCUUGUCUGUACAUCCUUCUGCCCAUGCAUCCACCCAUGUGCUCUAACAUUCGUGUGUAGUGUGCAAGUGUAACGUCAUGCUUUUGAAGCGAGAUAGCUGCCUAAAGCAGCCAACCAUCCGGAUAAUAGCAAAACACUCUAGAUAAGUUAUUUUGCACUUUCUUAUGUAUAAAGUUGGUAGAAACUUAUUUUUGCUUUGUAUCAUUUAAAUACAUUUUGUUUUAGUAAAUGAACUGUGUAUAAAAUAUUUAUGCUGUUAAAACUGUUUUUAGAAAGUAUUUUUAAUUUCAGCAAGUUUGGUUACUUGUUGCAUGACCAUUAACACAGCUGACUUUUUGUGUCAGUGCAAUGUAUAUUUUUGUCCUGUUAGUAACUUGUAAACCCUAGUAAUGGCCAAUUAUUUGUACAGCAACAGAAGUAAAUUGAUGAUACUGGCUAAGACUGGAUUGAUUGUGGACUUUUGUAUUAUAUUGCAGAACACAAUAUCUGUUUCUUUGGUGGUUAUGUAAAAGGCCUGAAGAAUUCCUAUCUAGUGUGCAAUCUGUGAUACUGAAUGUUCAUUGUAUAUCUG